GCUUGAAGUUGACGAUUAUGUUCGCCUCGUAGAAAUUGUUCAUGGACCCGCCGGAGCGACUGUGCUCGGUCGAGGAUACAACACAGCUAGUGAUCUCACAGAAGAAGCGGAGUCGACUUCGACGGCGUAUAUGCAUCGCUAUUCUGGGAUGGCAACAAUGCCUAUAAUAUUCGAGCAGCGAUAUUCGAGCGGCAAUUCUCCUACUCGGGGCGCUGGGGAUGUCCCUGUGGACUCGACUGAGUCGCACAGAUGCAUGGCAACGGACCCGAAAUCCUAUAAAGGCACACAUCUCGUUGUUCUCGUGCAUGGCUUGCAGGGCAGUGCAUAUGAUAUGCGGUUAUUCAAGAACAAUCUGGCGUGUGUUUUUCCGGACUCGUUAUUCCUAUGUAGUUCUUGCAAUGAGGAAGAUACCGAGGGAAACAUUGCGGAAAUGGGGCAGCGCCUCGCUGAUGAAGUGGUGUGUUAUAUUUCUGACUGGUGCCCAGGAGCUGCACUGACUCGGCUGUCCUUUAUUUCACAUUCACUUGGUGGGCUCAUUGUACGAGCGGCACUGCCAACACUGAUGGACCAGCCAGGGAUAUCUGAAAAAUUGUUUACUUUCUUGAGCCUAUCAGCGCCCCACUUGGGCUAUCUAUAUAACAGCAACAAACUCAUUGAAGGAGGCCUCUGGGUGCUUAAACGGUGGCGCAAGUCCGAGUGUUUGAAUCAGCUUACAAUGGCUGAUUCCUAUAUUCCCGAGGAGUGUUAUCUCUACCGCUCGGCACGGGAAACGGGGGAAAUUCUACCUCGGUUCCGGUAUGUUGUAUUGGCCUCGUCGUGCCAAGAUCAAUAUGCUGGCUUCGAUUCUGCACGCGUUGAAAUCUCGGAUAGAGUGCGACAGGAACCAACGAUGGGUUCAGUAUACACGGAGAUGGCCCGGUCGCUGGUCGCCGGGAUCGCACCCGAGAAGCUAAUUCGGUUGGAUGUUAACUUUUACCUACCUGAACGUAGCCUGGAUUCACUCAUAGGCCGAGCAGCUCACAUACAGUUCAUUGAGAAUCAACCAUUGAUGAAGAUGAUUAUUCAUAAUUACUCUUUUCUCUUUCAAUGA